UGUCAAAUCCAAGUUCAGCCGCACACAAGUGGAUGAUAGCAGCUGGCGAGAACGAGGUCGGCUCUCAGAGCUUCUCAGUCCUCCACAUGGGGUCGGCAGGUUCUCCAAAAGCUCCGUGCAGAAGACGGGGCGGCGUUUAAGUAAAAGGCCUUGGGGCUCCGAGUCCCCACCUCUCCGCGUCCUGCGAAGGCCUGAACGGCCCCUUGGCCGCCGGAUCCACACCUCCCGCGACUGGGGUCGUACCCGGAAGUGCCUCUACGGAAGCCGGCUAGAAGGAGCGGCGCUUCACCGUGGCGAUGGCGGGGACCCCGCGGCGCUUCUACCGCUGUGCCUGCUUCUGCACGGAGAACUUGUAUGUGGCGCGCUACGGGCUGCACCUGCGCUUCCGGGGCGAGCAGCAGCUGCGCCUGGACUACGGUCCGAUCCUGCGCAGCCGAGGCUGUGUCAGCAGCAAGGACUUCGAGGAGCUGUUAGCAGAGCAGGAGGAGAAAGAGGGAAAUGCUAAGUGGUCUACAUCAUGCCCUUCUCAACAGCUCUGUAAGCUUGAGCAGGAGGUGGAGCGGCGGCGGCAGCUGGGGCAAGAGUCAGCGGCUAGGAAAGCCCUCAUCGCAAGCUCCUAUCACCCAGCACGGCCCGAGGUCUACAACUUGCUGCAGGAUGCAGUUCUGGCUCCUGAGUUUUUGGCUGCGGCUCAGUACAGCACAUCCCCAGGUGCAGACCUCAAGGGCCUUCUCCAGCAGCUGGAGACAGUGUCAGAGGAGAAGCGCAUCUACCGGGUGCCUGUGUUCACAGCACUAUUCUGCCAGGCCCUGCUGGAGGAGCUGGACCACUUUGAGCAGUCCGAUAUGCCCAAGGGAAGACCUAACACCAUGAACAACUAUGGGGUGCUGCUACACGAGCUGGGGCUAGAUGAGCCUCUGGUGACACCGCUGCGGGAGCGUUUCUUACAGCCACUGAUGGCCCUGCUGUACCCAGAUUGCGGUGGCGGUCAGCUUGACAGCCACCGUGCCUUCGUGGUCAAGUACGCACCAGGCCAGGACCGUGAGCUGGGCUGCCACUACGAUAAUGCUGAGCUCACCCUCAAUGUGCCCCUAGGCAGGGCCUUUACUGGGGGUGCUCUAUACUUUGGGGGCCUCUUCCAGGCGCCUGCAGCUCUGAUGGAGCCCCUGGAGGUACAGCAUAUGGUGGGCCAUGGUGUCCUGCAUCGAGGUGGCCAGUUGCAUGGUGCCCGGCCUCUGGUCACUGGUGAGCGCUGGAACCUUGUUGUCUGGCUCCGAGCCUCUGCUGUUCGCAACCACCUCUGCCCCAUGUGCUGCCGUAAACCUGAUCUAGUGGACGAUGAGGGCUUUGGGGAUGGCUUUACCAGAGAGGAACCCACCACAGUAGAUGUGUGUGCACUGACGUGAGCCUGGUCUGGACAGUUGUGGGGUGUGGUGGGGGAUGGCAGGUGAGGGUUUUGUCCUUGGACUGAGAGGGCAAAAAUAAACUCCCUGUAGCCCACUGCACUUGUUGGUUCAGAUGGACAUGCUGGCUUCUGGGUCAUUCUUUGGGCAGACAGGCUGGCUUAGUGAUUUACUGGAAGCAGAGGCUGACGCAGAGCUUCAUGGAGGGAGGAGCCUCAAGGGACUGAAGGAGCCAGAGGGCAGGAGCCACUGGGCAAAGCUAUGGCUGCAGAGGGAGGCCAGUCUGGCCCUCAGGGACCUUUGGAGCAUGAGUCCAUGAUGCCACAUUUCCCUCAGCAUCAGUGUCUAUAGGAUGAGGCAGGACAGAGAGAGGUGAGUAACUUCCUGGACAUCCAUCUCCAGAGCAGGCUGGCUCCUAGUGGCUGAAGGAAGCCUGCAGAGAAGAGUACAGAAAUGAACUGUCAGCAGUGGAUGCCACUUGGGUGGGCCACUAAUAGCAUCUUCUAGAUGACUGUUGAAGACUUACAGCAGAGGAGUUAAGAACAGGGACUGGAGCCAGGCUCCCUGGGUUCAAAUCCUGGCUCUGUCAUUUCCAGCUGUGUGGUUGUGGGUGAGCUGCUUAACCUUUCUGUGCUUUAGUUUCCUCAUCUGCCUAGUAGCUACCUCCUAGAUCUGUUGUAAGAAUCUUUUGAUUUAUAAAUGCACUGCCAUUUAUAAAGUGUUUUAUAACAGUCCUGUGUUUGCUGCUAUCAUUAUUAUUGAAGAAUUUGCAACUUGGUGGCCCGAAGAUUGGGAUGAAGAGCACAGCCAUGCUUUAUGGUACACGUUUGAAAACCAGGGGCUUGGCUUG